AUGACGGCUGAAGAAACGGUGAAUGUAAAAGAAGCAGAAAUAAUUAAAUUAAUACUAGAUUUUUUGAACUCAAGGAAACUUCAUAUUAGUAUGCUGGCGCUUGAGAAAGAAAGUGGGGUCAUUAAUGGCCUGUUUUCAGAUGACAUGCUUUUUCUAAGGCAAUUGAUUCUUGAUGGUCAGUGGGAUGAGGUUCUUCAAUUUAUUCAGCCUCUUGAAUGUAUGGAAAAAUUCGACAAGAAAAGAUUUCGUUACAUUAUAAUGAAGCAGAAGUUCUUGGAAGCCUUAUGUGUAAACAAUGCGAUGUCAGCAGAAGAUGAGCCUCAGCAUCUGGAGUUUACCAUGCGAGAGGCUGUACAGUGCCUACAUGCAUUGGAAGAAUACUGUCCCUCUAAGGAAGACUACAGUAAACUCUGCUUGCUGUUGACGCUGCCUCGCUUGACCAACCACGCAGAAUUCAAGGACUGGAAUCCCAGCACUGCACGGGUUCACUGCUUUGAAGAAGCCUGCAUCAUGGUGGCAGAUGAUAGGAAACUGAGUGAGGCUGGCUUCAAAGCAAGUAGCAAUCGUUUAUUUCAGCUUGUAAUGAAGGGAUUGCUUUAUGAAUGUUGUGUGGAAUUCUGUCAGAGUAAAGCAACAGGAGAAGAAAUCACAGAAAGCGAAGUAUUGCUGGGCAUUGAUCUCUUGUGUGGUAAUGGGUGUGAUGAUUUGGACCUUAGCCUGUUAUCAUGGCUGCAGAAUCUGCCAGCUACUGUUUUUUCUUGUGCUUUUGAACAAAAGAUGCUUAAUAUUCAUGUUGAUAAACUCCUCAAGCCCACAAAAGCUGCAUAUGCUGAUCUUUUGACACCUCUUAUCAGCAAACUUUCUCCUUACCCAUCAUCGCCAAUGCGACGGCCUCAGUCAGCAGAUGCUUACAUGACCCGCUCCUUAAACCCUGCCUUAGAUGGGCUGUCGUGUGGAUUAACAAAUCACGAUAAGCGAGUCACAGACCUUGGGACCAAAACUUCUCCAAUGUCGCACUCCUUUGCUAAUUUCCAUUACCCAGGAGUACAGAAUCUCAGCCGAAGUCUCAUGCUUGAGAAUACCGAGUGUCACAGCAUUUUUGAAGAGUCACCUGAGCAAAGCGAUACUCCCGUGGAGCCCCAGCAUCCCAUCAGCGGUGAGACUUUGUGCCAGAGUUCCGUUCUAGCCAAUGAACCACUUCAUGGAGCACAGAGUCAGGCAGCAGCCAAACAAGAGAAAAAUGAGCUUCGUGAUUCUACAGAGCAGUUUCAGGAGUAUUACAGACAAAGACUACGUUACCAGCAGCACUUAGAACAGAAAGAGCAACAACGACAGUUGUACCAGCAAAUGUUGUUGGAAGGAGGUGUGAAUCAAGAAGAUGGAGCUGACCAGCAACAGAAUCUUACCGAACAGUUCCUCAACAGAUCUAUCCAGAAACUAGGAGAAUUAAAUAUAGGUAUGGACAGUAUUGGAAAUGAUGUACAAACACUUAGCCAGCAAUGUAAUGGGAGCAAAGGGAACGCAUCUACCAAUCCAGCAAGUAACUUUACAUCACUACCUUCAGAUUCUAGUCAGAGGAUAACAGCUGAGAGCCAAAAUGUUAGUACAAGCACUCCUCGAAUGCGUGGAUCAGCUAAUCAGAUACCCUUUCCUGAAGAGUCACCUGUACAGGGGAAUCAAAAUGUAUCAGAACAUGCUGUCACUCAGGCACAGUUGGAAGACUCUUCAGGGAAUUUAACUAGGACGAGAGGCGACGAGGAUGACAAAUCAAAAAAGCAGUUCAUUUGCAUUAAUACUCUAGAAGACACGCAAGCUGUCAGAGCUGUAGCCUUCCAUCCCAGUGGGAGUUUAUAUGCUGUUGGCUCCAAUUCUAAAACUUUGAGAGUUUGUGCCUAUCCAGAAGUAAUUGACCCAAGUGCUUAUAAUACUGCUAAACAAGCUGUAGUUCGCUUCAAAAGGAACAAGCAUCAUAAAGGAUCAAUCUACUGUGUAGCCUGGAGUCCCUGUGGACAGCUGUUAGCUACUGGUUCUAAUGAUAAAUAUGUGAAAGUACUGCCUUUUAACGCGGAAACUUGUAAUGCAACAGGACCAGAUCUGGAGUUCAGCAUGCACGAUGGGACAAUAAGAGAUCUUGCUUUUAUGGAAGGCCCAGAGAGUGGUGGUGCUAUUUUAAUAAGUGCUGGAGCAGGGGACUGUAAUAUUUACACAACAGACUGUCAGCGAGGACAAGGCUUGCAUGCUCUCAGUGGUCACACUGGUCAUAUUUUAGCACUUUAUACAUGGAGUGGCUGGAUGAUUGCCUCAGGAUCCCAAGACAAGACUGUAAGGUUCUGGGAUCUGAGAGUGCCAAGCUGUGUUCGUGUUGUGGGAACAACGUUUCAUGGAACAG